AUUCAAAAAAAGGAGAUGAUAUUAUAUUCAUUCUAUUUUUCAUUUUUCAUUUUCCGUUCGAAUUCGGAGCGGCACGCAUAAAAUCCAGAGAGAUCCUGGACGUCCUUUGCUUUUUCUCUCUCUAAAAUUCAUCCUGUAUCUCGUUCUAGACAGAGAAACACUUAUUCUGUUCCUCCCUCCAUCUCUUUUUUUCCCGUUCGUGUAUCCAAUGAGAUUCAAAGAUUACUGUUACUAUCGUUGAAUCUCUCAUACCCUCGUAAGUCGUAACUCUCUACUAAGCUUUUCAUGAUAAUUACAUCUUCAUGUAAAUCCAAUUAAAUUUCUUUUACUGAAACAGUGUCAAACUCGGAGUAACUAAAAACACGUGAACAUUGAUAUCUGACGCUUCUGAUUUUUCUUCGCAUCGAUUUCUGGUGCAUGUAAUGAUAUUCGAUUUUGACAAUGGAGAAAUUAGCUGCUCAUCUCACCAUUUUCAUCUAUCUGUUAUCACUCUUUGAUCAAUCUUUUGCCGGUUUACUUACCGAACCGGCUCAACCAUUAAAACCGGGCGACUCAACACCGAACACGGUGCCGGCGUUUCCGCUACAGACUGAGACUCCAACUUGCCGACUCGACCUCUCGGCGGAGCUUUUCGGAGGUGUGAACGACGCGUGCGGCCGGAACCUUGACCGGAGCCGAUGCUGCCCGGUGCUUGCGGCGUGGCUCUUCGCCGCGCACGCUCGGUCCGCCUUGCAGGUGCCGGUGGCGGCGGCUCCGGCGUCAUCCGACCUGCCGAUGAUGCCGGACGACUCGCAGAAGUGCGUGGACUCGCUGCAGAGCUCUCUCCAGAGCCGCAACAUCCACAUUCCUCAGCCGAACGCCUCGUGCGACGCGGUCCUCUGUUUCUGCGGCAUUCGACUCCACCAGAUCAGCUCGUUGAGCUGCCCGGCGGCGUUUAACGUUUCGACGGCCCAUCGGAAUGCGACUCCGACCGCCGCGGUCAAGAAUUUGGAGCGUAACUGCCGGAAUUCGACGUACGCCGGUUGUACCAAGUGCCUUGGUGCUCUACAGAAGCUGAAGGGCAAGAACGGAAGUGAAGAGGGUAGUGAUCGGACGAGCAAGAUGUUGAGCAGGGAUUGCCAGCUGAUGGGUCUAACAUGGCUGCUAGCUCGGAACAAGACGGCGUACAUUCCGACGGUGUCGGCUGUAUUGCGCGCCAUCAUGUACAGUGCGCACCCACCCCACCAGUCCACGUGCAGUCCCGAUCAAGAGAACAUGCCGCUGGCCGUCGAUUCCCUACAGUUCGUGAAGGCCGAUUCUUCAACGGCGUCGUUAACGAUAACCAUUCUUAGGAUUCCGAUUCUGACCCUCCUAGUUCUUGCUGCUCUGUUUGUGUAGGAUUGUAGCAUGGUAAACAAGUUUCUUUUGCAUGUGAUGUGGUCGGGUCACGUGAAGCUAGUUGACAAUACAUUAGGGGCCCUUUUUUGUCUUUUUGCCCACUGUAAAUCUCAGGUCUACAUUGCAGACUUGUUUUCACUUGUAGUACGAGGAAAUCUUAUUUACCUA